AGGCUGGAGUCAGGCUGAGCCGCAGCAGCGCAGCGCUCACACCGAGGAGAGCAGCCGAGCAGCCCGCACACACGUCCGCCCCGCUGGCUCCUUUCAGUCAUGCUUUCUCCCACAAGUCUGCCCCUCGGUUCUGCCGGAUAAAGUUUGGACGUACCUCUCUUUUGCCAUGGGAAUAUACCGGCGGAGCUGCUGGCCCCGUGGAGCUCCGCAGCCUUGAUGGAAACGAUGCCGCCGCAGCAGGGGAGCAUGGGACAGCACAGGUCCGAGUCCAUGACCGGGGACAGCAAGAAGAAGAUGAAGACCCUGGCCCAAAGACGGCAGUCGGCUCCCUCGCUGGUCAUCAGCAAAGCACUUACAAGAUCCAGAAGCGCAUCCAGGGAGAGCUGCCUGACGCCAGUCAGCCCGGAGUCGUGUCCACUCGUGCAGGCCUUCUUGGCCGAGAGUCCGGGCCGCAUAUUCCUGGGCCACGCCCAGACGCAGCUGAAGACCGGCCUGCAGACCCAGGAGAGGCACCUCUUCCUCUUCGGUGACACGCUACUCGUCGCCAAGGCCAAGUCCCCAACGCACUUCAAAGUGAAGGCCCAAGUGAGAGCGUGCGAGAUGUGGACCGCUAACUGCAUGGAGGAGGUGUGUGAGGGCAGCACGAGCCCCGAGAGGAGCUUCGUCCUGGGCUGGCCCACCUGCAACUGCGUGGCCUCCUUCAGCUCCGAGGAGCUCAAGGACAAAUGGUUGGCACUCAUCAACAGUCGGAUAAGUGAAGGAAAAGAGAAGGACGACCCCAAGACUGUUCCUCUAAAGAUAUUCGCCAAGGAUAUUGGAAACUGUGCUUAUGCCAAGACGCUGGUGGUCAGCAACACUGACAGCACCACGGACGUCAUCCGCGUGGCUCUGCAGCAGUUUGGCAUCUCGAAUUGUGUGAAAGACCACCGGUUGUGGGUGAGCUCCUGUAAGGACGAGCCUCCGUAUCCUCUCAUCGGCCACGAGUUUCCGUUCAGCAUCAAGAUGAGCCACAUACGAGACGGCGGCAGCGGCGCUGGAGGAGUGGGGAGGGAUCCCAUGAGUCCCACCGACUGCCCGGGGGUUCUGCUGCUGGACCAGUGUCUCCCCCCAGACACACAGUGCCAGUUCAUCCUCAAACCCAACAAGGCUGUCGUCACAUCGCCGCAUCUCCUAGAGCCUGGUCACUCCAAGACCUUCAAGAGAAAGCGCUCGCUGAUAAACUGGCCUUUCUGGAGAGGUUCCAACACGCAGCUGGACAGCCUGCCCCUGUCCCCGACGUCCCCGUCCCCCACGCAGGGACGGCUGUUUGGACAGCCCCUGAGCGCGGUGUGCUCCCCGGACCACGGCCUGCCCAAGCCCGUCAUGGACAUGCUGGCGUUCCUGUAUCUGGAGGGGCCGUACACCCGGGGCAUCUUCAGGCGCUCAGCCGGGGCCAAAGCCUGCCGGGAGCUGCGAGACCGGCUGGACAGCGGGACGGAGGACCCGGAGAUCAAACGGCAGUCCGUGUUCGUCAUCGCUGCCGUCCUCAAGGACUUUUUGCGGAACAUCCCCGGCGGCAUUCUGUGUGUGGAUCUUUACCACCAGUGGGUGGACGUCCUGGAGGGAGAGGGAGAGGAGGAACGGCUGUCGUCCAUCCAGAGCUUGCUGCCCCUCCUGCCCGGCGAGAACCUGCUUCUGCUGCGACACGUGAUCGCCGUGCUGCACUGCAUACAAGGGAACGCCCACGACAACCAGAUGAACGCCUUCAACCUGUCAGUCUGCAUUGCUCCCAGCAUGCUGUGGCCCCCGGCCCCCAGCACCCCCGAGAUGGAGGGGGAGGCCACCAAAAAGGUGUGUGAGCUGGUCCGGCUCUUCAUCGACAACUGCUGCAGCGUCCUGGGAGACGUGGCGUCGCUCUUCAGAGCCUGCAGCCAGAAGAGCAGCGGCAGCGACCACGGCUCCGACGCGUCCUCCUUCCAGCUGAACGACUCGUCCUACGACAGCCUGGAGAACGAGCUGAACGACGACCCCGAGUCUCCCUACCAGGAGCCGCUGCCGCUGCGGGACAAGGACAAGCCGGACAGCUGCAGCCGGGACUCGGUGAUCACCCUGAGCGACGGGGACCCCGAGCCGGACGCCGACGGGGAGCUGCUGCUGCAGCUGCCGCCGCUGGCCCGGCCCCGGCGCUUCAGCCCCGUGGCUCGUCAGCCCCGCACCCGGCAGGUGGGCUGCUCCUCCCAGGCCCCGCGGCGGCUGAGACGCAGCUCGGAGCCGGCCCUGGCCCUGGCCGGCACGCCCUCCUCCAGCGCGCUGCUGGCCCUCGCAGAGAGCCGGCGGCAGCCCCCGCGCAAGGCCAGCUACGACGCCGCCAUGGAGGGAGAGGGGCAGCAGGAGGACGAGGUGUUCCUGGAGCAGGGGCUGGGCCGGCUGCAGCUGCAGGAGGAGAGGAAGGAGGAGAGCCAGAGCCGAGCGGCCCGAGUCCCCAGCGGCGGGCGGAGGAAGACGAAGCACGCGCCUCCACCGCCGCUGCGCCUGGACGCCAGCUGCUCCAGCCUGUCGUCCCCGGCAACCUCGCCCACGGGCUCCUCCCUCAGCUCCCUGGACUCCGCCUUCUCGCAGUACUCCACCGACUACGGCGUGGGCGGCGGGGCGGCCCCCCAGCAGUCCCCCAGAGACUCCCCGCCCCAGAGGGAGGUGCCGCCUCACUGGCCCCCGGCCCCCGGACAGAGCCACAGCCUCCACCCCAACACGUGGCUCAAGAGGGAGCUCUGCCUGUCCCUGCGGCAGCCUGAGACCGGACACACGGAGGACGCAGUGGCGGUGAACGGACACUCCCACCCCGCCAGUAACGGCCACACGGCCGCGCCCGCACAGGAAGCUGCGGAGACCAAUCAGAGCGGCCGCAGGUCCAGCAGCCCCCCCUCCUACCACCAGGCCCUGCUGCAGCUGCAGCGCGGGCGCUGCCCAUUCUACCGAGCCGCGGACAAGGCUCUGACGGUCAAGGAGCUGCGGCUGCUGCACGACCAGCCGGCGGCCUGCAGGCCCCCGCCCUCCCCCACCAGACCCCAGACCGGGGCCGGGAGCGGGGAGAGCGAGAGCGUGCAGCCCCCGCAGGGGGUUUUCUUCGGACAGAGUCCCACAGCCCUCAUCCUGCACAGGCCCAAGUCCCACUCUCUAAUCCCACCCCUGGAAGUCCACAAGGGCCGGAAGACUCUCCCCCGCCGAGCCUCCGAGCCCACCAAACUCCCGGCCAAGUGCCAGCACCCGGCCAGCCUCACCCUGGACCGGGCCCGGCCCCCGGCCCCCAGGGCCCCGGGGGCCCCGGCGCAGGACGGCAGGCUGCGGGCUACGGACGUGGAGCCCUGCCACGCCUCCUCACACCCCUGCCUGUCUCCCUCCUCCACCCGGGCCGUCAGGGACUACUUCUCCUCGCAGGGCAAGGCGGACUCAGACGCCUGCCUGCGCAGGAGCCAGGAAGUGGUUUUGGCCAUCGUGCAGAGCAAGAAGGAGUGGCGGAGCCGGCGCUGCAGCGACCCGCAACUGGAAGACUUUGAGCAGCUUUUCUUUGCAGAAGAGUCCUACGUGUAAAUAAACUUUGUACACUUUGUAAAUGGGAGACUGACUUUUAUCUGACAUGUUGAUUUCUAUACGACUGCCAUCAUUGUUGGGAUUAUACUCUGCCAAAUACACAUUAUUUUUCUGGAAGGGGGGGGGUCAUUAGGGCUGGGCGAUAUAGACCAAAAGUCAUAUCUCAAUAUUUUCUAGCUAAAUGGCGAUACUCGAUAUAUAUCGAUAUUCUUUCUGUGCCAUAAUUGGGGUUUCCCCCAAAGCAUUAUAGCAUAGCAUCUCUGUUAGCUUCAUAUUUUCUGAGGCAAACCCUUAAAAAAACAGUCUAAUUUUUAAUACAAGUUUUAAUACAAAGCCUCGUGCCAAAUGUCACACAGGUACAUUUAUUAACAGAGGUCUGCACAAUAUCAAAAUGAAUAAAACAAAUGAAAUAAUAAUAAUAAACUGCCUGCAUAUAUAGAAUAAAAAUGCUUCUUGAAUAAAAUAAAACAAAUAUCCCUUUCCUGCAUAAUAAUUAAAUUAAAAUACACCGUGCAAUUAAUACAAUGUAGACAGUAACAGGCAGACUUUUCCACUGAGGUUGACAGUUGUGCAAAUAACAAAACAUUUGUCAAUUUGUCA